AUUAUUGGAUAUUUUUAUUCAAUUCAGUUUUUCUUUGUAUUGUGUGUACGUUUAAUGUAGUGUGAGUGACUUAUGACGAAUAAAUAUUUUAUAAUUUAUGAAAUCUGUUGUCUGCCUACAAAUUAUUAUUCACAAACCUUUCAAUAAGAAAAUAAGGAUAAUCCGUUUUCCAAUUUUAUACGAAAGGUGAUUUUCGGUAUCCUACUUCAGCAAGUAGCAACAUCUAACAUGUGGCUUUUCGUUUACGCGAGACAUAACCUUCCCAAUUCGUUUUACUAUCACGUGAGAGAAUACAGCUCAUUAGAAAAAUAAAUCGUGGUUCUUAGAAUUUGAAACGAAAGUAUCGUCUGUACAAUUAUCCUCGAUUUAAACUUAACAUAUUUAGAACCGAAAAGGUUGAAUUCGUAAAAUUUCUUUAUCAAUCACGUUUUUCGAUGAAUCGUUGAACUGGAAAAAUGACUACUCUGUUUAACGGCGAUAAUUCUGAUUCCGACGGAGAAUUAAAGAUAAAUACAGAUUACGCGAAAAAUUACAAUAACUGGCGACAAAAAGAAGAGUUAAAUAAAUUGAAAACAAAAUAUGGUGAUAUCAAUGAAAAUGAAAUAUCAGACGAAAGUUCAGAAAGCGAGAGUUCCUCUGAGGAAGGAGAAGAAAAUGAGCUGACACAACAGUUCGAUAAAGAUUUUUACAAGACCCUGGCUCUCUUAAAAAAUAAAGAUCCAAAGAUUUAUAAUCAGGAUGUAACAUUUUUUGACGAUACUAACAAGACUCAGGAAUUACUCAUUGAGAAGAAGAAGGAGAAAGCUAAGAAAGACGAAACAGUUUUCUUGAGAGAUUAUGAGAGGAAACUUAUCAUAGAGAAAGAAGGAAAAUUGAGUGACAGCGAAGAUGAAAGUAUUUUGAAAAAGAACAGGGAAGAAUCUAAAAGGGUCACUUACGUGCAAGAACAGAAACAGCUGAAGGAAAGUUUCAAAGUUGCGUUGAAUGAUAAGGACGAGGAUGAUGAUUUACUGAAACCAAAAACCAAAUCUGAGAGUGAAAAGCAGAAAGAAGAGGCUGAUUAUAAAGAAUGGUUAAAAGGGCAAAAGGUGGAGAUAAAUGAUAAUGAACAAGAGGUGCUCAAGCCCUUGCGCGAUUUUUGGUCAAAUCCUAAUCUAGAUGCGAAUGAAAAGUUCUUGAGAGAUUAUGUGCUUCACAAUAAAUAUCUAGAUAACGAUUACGCAGUUUUGGAUGAGAACACAGAGGCAGCUGAUGGAGUUCAUGAUAGUGAUGAAAACUUAUCGGAGGAUGAGAGGAACAUCGAGAAGCAAGAAGAAUUCGAGCACAAAUAUAAUUUUCGAUUUGAAGAACCCGAUCAGGAAUUUAUCAAACGAUAUCCGCGUACUAUGGAGAAUUCGUUAAGAAGGAAAGACAGUCGCCGAGCGGAGAAAAGAGCAGAGGUGAAAAAGAGGAAGGAAGAAGAUAAGAUAAGGAAGAAAGAGGAACUCAAACAAUUGAAGGCAUUAAAGAGAAAAGAGAUCGAGGAGAAAAUCGAGAAAUUAAAGGAAAUUACAGGAAAUGAUGAUAUGCAAUUUAAUGAUAUCGAUUUGGAGGGUGACUUCGACCCUGCCGAAUACGAUAAAAAGAUGACGCAGAUUUUUAAUGAAGAUUAUUAUGCGGCUCCUGAAAGUGACGUUAAACCGGAGUUUCCGGAUAUCGAUGAGGAACUAGAAAUUGAAGAUACGUGGGAUAAUUAUGAUCCAAAUGAUGAGAGUUAUGCAUAUCAAGAAGGACACGAUGGACCGCAUUGCGAGGAUCCAGAUUUUAAUAUGGAUGCCGAUUACGAUGGAUCGAAGAAAAUUCAAGACGAAGAAGAGGGAUCAAAAAAACGGAAACGUAGACGAAAAUCGAAGUUCGCUGAACUCAUGGCGAAAGAGAAACCGAAAUUUGAUCCUCAACAAUAUAAAUCCUACGGAGAUUACCUUGACAAGUAUUAUUCGUUGGAUUACGAAGAUAUGAUUGAUGAUAUACCGUGCAGAUUCAAGUACAGGAAGGUAGUACCAAAUGAUUACGGCUUGAGCGUGGAGGAGAUAUUAAUGGCUGACGAUAAAGAACUCAACAAAUGGUGUUCAUUGAAGAAAGCUCUUCAAUACAAGACGGAGCACGCAGAAUUGAACGAUGUUCAAAUGUACAAACAGAAAGCAAAGAAUGAAGCAGCUAAAAAGAAGAUACUUCGAAGUUUAUACGCUGAACCGGAGGAAGGAGAAGAAGAUAAAGAGGAAGUCACUACAGAGGAAAACACAGGAGCGAAGAAGAAACGUCGAAGGAAGAAGAAAAAGACAGGAGAAUCUCAUGAGGAUUCGUCUUCUACCGUAGUUAAUCGCGAAGGAUCUACAGAUAAUAAAAACCACAAUAAAAGUCAGAAGGAAUCGAGUGAAAAACGGAAGCAAACAGAGAAUCACACCGAGCAGCCGAAGAAGAAGAAACAGAAAACUGUUGAUCAGAAAGAAUCUAAGAACGAAACACACGAAAACGAAACACACGAAAAGAAUAAAGAUACUGAUACAUCCAUUGAACAAAAAUCUUUAUUGACGAACGAAACGAAUAUUAAGCACUCGAAGAAAACGAAAUUAAAGAAAAACAAAUUGAAUAAAACUAAAUACAAGGAAUUUAGAAGUAAUGAAAGUAACAACGACAUUUCUUCGUUAAAUCCUGAACGAUUAAAGACGUAUGGAAUAAAUCCGAAGAAAUUGAAGAAUAAAUUAAAAUACGGCAAGAAACAAUAAUGAUAAUGGCACACAUUGUAAAUACUUGUAAUAUGUAAAUAAAUAUAUAUAAUUUGU